AUGGAUCUACCCCUCACGCUGCUGUGGGCAUUGCUGUUGGUCUUUGGUUUGGUCAGCAGGCAAGCUUCUACUGCAAAGAAAGCCGUGGUACACCUCAGCCCUCCGUGGACCACUAUCUUUGAGGGGGAGAAAGUGACUCUGACCUGUGAUGGAUUCAAUACCUCCAAACUGAGGAUAAGAUGGUUGCUCAACAAUAAACAACUAAAAAAGUCUACAAAGAGCAUUGAGACUAUGCAGGCUGGAGAGUAUAGAUGCCAGGGCAAGGACUCAGCCCUCAGUGACCCUGUACAUCUGGUUGUUUCUUCUGAUCAUCUGAUCCUGCAGACUCCAUAUUCUGUGUUUGAAGGAGACACAUUGGUCCUCAGAUGCCAAAGACAGUAUGAUUUAACAGUUAUAAAUACGAAAUACUAUAAGGAUGAAGAGAUAUUAUCGAAUUCCCAUGGAAACUUUAAUCUCUCCAUCCCACGAGUUGGCUUAAGUAACAGUGGUCAAUAUUACUGCAAACAAGAGGUAUCACAUUUUUUAAUUCAUUGGAGCUCCAGUUCGGAAAAAGUAAAACUCCAUGUCCAAGAAAUAUUUUCAUCACCUGAGCUGAAAGCCACGACCUCCCAGCCCACAGAGGGGACCCCAGUAACCCUGAGCUGUGACACCCAGCUCUCUCCACGAAGGUCAGACACCAAGCUGCACUUCGCCUUCUUCAGAGAUGGCAGGGCCAUCACAGCAGACUGGAUGAGGUCCCAGGUGCUUCAGAUCCCAGCCAUCUGGAGGGAAGACUCAGGGUCAUACUCGUGUGAGGCCAGAGCUAUGGCUCAGGAUAUUUGGAAACAGAGCAAACACGUGAAGAUCAGUGUGAAAAGAAUCCCCAUCUCCGGCAUCAUCAUGCAGACUGAGCCCUCCAAGGGUCAGGUGACCGAAGGAGAGAAACUGGUCCUCAUCUGCUCAGUGACUCAGGGCACAGGAAACAUCACAUUCUCCUGGCACAGAGAGGGCAUUAAUGCAAGUCUAGGAGAGAAGACUAGAUAUUCUCUGAAAGAGAAGCUCAUACUCCCUGCUAUGAAGGAGAGUGAUGCAGGGAAGUAUUAUUGUAUUGCUGACAACACCAUCAGUACCAUCAGCAGCCUGACAGUGAAUAUCACCGUGAAAAUUCCAGUGUCUCAACCCCUCUUUACCCUCAGUACACUCGGGGCACAGCUUAUUGUAGGGGAUGUCGUGGAGUUUCAAUGUCAAGCCCUCAGAGGUUCUCUUCCAAUUCAGUAUCAAUUUUAUCACGAUGGUGAAAUCUUUAAGAACAAGAUAGAUCCUUCUGGAAGUGCAGCUUCCUUCAAUCUCUCCAUGACACCUGGGCAUUCUGGAAAUUACUUCUGUAAAGCCAUCAACAGUUUCAGUGAUCAGUGCAGUGAAAUUAAGAAACUCUCUAUCUCAGACCCUAAAAGAAGUCAAAAGAACAUAGUCAUUAUGGGAGUCACUAUUGCCCUGAUCAGCAUCUUUAUACUCACUGCUAUUGCUCUUGUGCUUUGCUUCAGACUUCAGAGAAAGUCAGGUUUGUAG